GAAUUGGCCUCCCCACGACAUUGCGCCGAAUUCGAGCCAUUGUCGACGAGCAGCUGCAGCAGUCGAGGGCCGAAGUGCGGGCGUGGGACCCAGCGACCGAGUCCUCGUCGUCGUCGUCAGAGGCAGCAGUGAGCGGAGCGAUCGCAUGCGGAAAGACAAAGAAAGGCCGUGUCGGAUUUCGCAGACCAGUAUUCCUCCCCGAGAGGAGGUCGGAGAUGGAGAUGGAGGGCGAAAGCGGAAGAGCGGUAGAGCUAGGGUGAGUAUGCGUCAUUUACUGUGGACUGGCAUCAUCGCAAGUCGCCGCGAAAGGAGAUUGUAAUCAGGCGCAGGUGAGGCAGUGUGCCCUGACGGAUUGGUGGUCCUGGCCCGAGUCCGAAGCGUGGUGACUUACUUAGCGCCUCGGGCGCAUGUAUCAUGGAAUGGUGAGGGGUGUAUGUGGGAUGGGCCUGGGCCGCCUUCUUCCUCCGCUUGGCAGGCGAGCUGCAGCACGGGCGGGGCUUAGCGAUGAUCUUAACGGCGGACGGGGGAUGAGGUUAGAUCGGAAUCAUCAGAUGGAUCACACAUGAAAAAGCGCGGAUUCAAGAGAAGGUGACGAAGAAAGGGGUAGGAGAAUCAUAUAGAUCUUGUGGGCCGCCGGACUGGUAGAAAGGCCGGAAGGAGUGGUCGAUGCCAUGCGAUGCGGGUGGGUUCCCGACGACAGGAGUGAGUGCUCGAUUGGGAAUCGUUGCAAUGCCGAAGGAAGUUGAGGGAAGAAACGGAAGAGGAAGAAGAGCAGGAAAUGUCUUGCUGCCGUAGCCGUGCGUCUGACUGAUUGAUUGAUUCUUCGAUCGAUCCAUCAAUCUCCUUCUCUCUCCUUGCUUUGUCCCGUAGGGUCCGGUCCGGUCCGGUCCGUGCUAUUCCUCUUCUUUCCAGUUCUGGCCAGGCAGUCUGAUCGGGAGCGCAGGAAAGACGAUGAGAAUGAUGUUGUUCUCCUCGUGUUGAAUCAAGAAGAAGCCAGACGUGUUGUACGACAGACUUAUCAGGGAGAUGAGAAGGAAACUGCUGACGUUCCCUGCGAGAGCUCCACGCAUUUGAAAAUCCCUCUCGAACUCAUCCCUCCAGGAUGUCAGUACGCACACUCAUCCGGCAUUUGCACUUCAUGUGGGCGGCUUUCAUUCUUCGGGUGCAGGCCAUUUUAGACGCUGCUGUGAAAACUGCCGGUCCUCUGUACAUCCUUCUUGCACUCUCUCUGCUCAGCUGUAUAAUAUAUCUAUACUAUACAACAGUACUUCCUGCCGUCCAUGAUUUGCACUCGGUUGAAGGACUAGCACACUUGUUCCUUUCAGCCUGGCUCAUUUACAAUGUCUUCUUCAACUACUUUUGGUGCAUACAGACUGAUCCGGGGUCUCCACCCAUGACUGUUGACGUAGGAGAUGACUUGAGUAAGUUCGAGACAGCUUCUGGCAUCCCCCAAAUCAGAUGGUGCAAACGCUGCCGGAGAUCAAAACCUCCAAUGACUCACCACUGUCAUAUCUGCAAAAGAUGCAUAUUGAAGAUGGAUCAUCAUUGUCCUUGGAUGCACAACUGCAUUGGCUAUAACAACUACAGAUACUUUUUGGUAUUUUUGCUGUAUUUGUGGGCAGGUUGUAUAUAUACUGUUUGUAUGGCAUCGAUUCCCCUGUUUGGGACAUCAGCACAUUUCCUGUUUCCACAGGAGCCUACCCAAGCGAACGGUGUUCUAUUUACUUUUGUGCUGUCGCUUGCUCUCUUCGGCUCUUUGUCAUGCCUCCUCGGAUGGCAUAUUUACUUGGUCCUCACCGCGCAGACAACGAUAGAUUUCUACAGUAACCGCCAACGAAGGCGAGACGCAAGGAGAUCAGGACAGGUUUGGGUGAACGAGUUUGAUAUGGGGAAAAUUCAAAACUUGCGAAAUGUUUUUGAAACAAAUAGUAGCGGGAUUUGGUGGCUUAGAAUUUUGCUCCCAUUUAGAGCUUCACCCAAAGGAGAUGGCGUUCGUUUUCCUUCCCGAUAUGGCUCCUCAGAUGCAGCCUUUGAUGCCAAUCAUCUGCAUCAUCACGAUCUACCCUCGAGUUCGUUGGCAAAUGGUUCCGCCCCAGACAGUAGGGACGCUAUAACGCUGGAAAGAGUUUUGGCUGACAGUGAAGACAACUGGAGGUCAGACAAUAUGGUCUAAACCAUGUUUUGUCGUUCUCGUUGUUUUCAGUCCAGAAGGAAAUUUCUGUUCUUGAUCUGUUAUGCUCCUCCUUGUGCAAGUAAAGACAUGUAAUUUUCUCAUUGUCAUGAAAUUCAUACUUGAGACCGGUUUCAACACUCUUGUUAAAAUCGCGCCAUGACCUCGGAGCCACAUCUUCCCAUUUAUAUGAUUCUCAUGAUAAAUGGGAACAUGUGGCCACGUGGUCGCGUCACGUGUUCAUGCCUGGAGGAGUGUUUAUGAAGAGUGUUUAUCUUGUGGCUGAAACUCACCAACGUCCUAUACCGUCAAGAAAGGCCACAAGAUUCCUAGACAAUCAGUAUUGGGCGCACCAGUCCCUUCACCCAUGUUAAGCAGUCAAGCUUGGUACGCGAACUCUGGACACGUUCCUACGUUGAUUUGUGAACAUGUUGUUUUGUACACACAUGUCGUGACUUUCACGAGAAAUUACAUUAUAGGGCGCUUUAAAUGGUGUAACUUGGUGUGUUCCAACCGAAUUUGUACAUCCGACCAUUAGAUUAGUGUAUUUUCAUCCCACCCACAGUCCAGAGCUCGUGGAUUUUCACAUCCCUUGUGCAGUAGGAGGUGCUUACUAUCAGAUCCC